AAAAAAUCAGAUUUCUUUUCUGUAUGAGGAAAUGAGCAUUGCUGAAAUAAUUUGGUGAUAUCGCUGGGAGGAAAGGGAGUGCUGCUGUCAGAGUCCUUUAUAAAGAAACACUCCUAGGGAUUUAGCCAAGCAUUUAGCUAAAGCUUUGCAAGGAAGGAAAGUUCCUGUUGCUGCAUUUUGCAAUGUCGUUAAGGUUUGGCCAGCACCUUAUUAAACCAUCCGUUAUUUUCUUUAGAUCUGAACUCUCUUUUGCUCUGGUGAACAGAAAGCCAGUUGUACCAGGUCAUGUACUAGUCUGUCCACUGCGUCCCGCAAACCGCUUUCGAGAACUAAGGCCAGAAGAAGUCAGUGACCUGUUUACAACUGUCCAGAAAGUGGCCAGCGUAGUGGAAACCCAUUUUGGUGGUAGCUCCCUUACUAUCUCUAUCCAAGAUGGCCCAGAAGCAGGACAAACCGUUCAGCACGUCCACGUGCACAUCCUGCCACGGAAAGCAGGAGAUUUUAAAAGGAAUGAUAAGAUUUAUGAGGAGCUGCAGGACCAUGACAGCAAAGGGCAGGAUACUCCAGAUAAAUGGAGAUCUGAGGAAGAGAUGGAAAAAGAGGCAGCUGCACUCAGGGAAUGCUUCUAGUUGAGCCAUUCAGGUGCUCAUUGGAUGUUUUUUUUUUCUUUUCUCUGAGUCUGUUCAUAUAACAAGGGAUGCAGCGAUCGUUAGUUAGCAAAUAAUUUAAAUAGUACAGUAGAUUCUGGCAAAAACUGAACUAAAAAUAAACUUUGUAAAAG